ACCAAGAUGACACCACAACUAAGGCUCAACAUAUUCUUGAACGUAGCCUUUCUUCUCCUAACCAAAUCACUGGGAGAGAACACAACAACGAUAACCGCCUCAACAACGCAAAGUUUGCCUGAAUCCACACAAACAACUACAGCACAACUAUUGCAAUCAACUACCUAUCAGGUGCAGUUUAUACCAACAUCGACACCAUCUUCCGCUAGUUAUGUACCGGACAUACAAACCUCAUCAACAGGAGUGACUACAUCAUCCACAACAGUUACAGCUUCGGUAUCGACAAUGACAACUUUACCGCCGACGUACAUAUCAAAUUAUUCAUCAACAUCGCAAAUGCCAACGUUGCCGCCAACCUCAGCGACGACGAAACAAGAUCCAUUAGAACCGAUUCCAGAAGAUCCAACUGUAAUUGUUUGCUUCGGACCAGACCAGAAGGAAAGUCUAGGCAUUCAAAAAGCAAUCGAUUGGCUUCGAGAGAAGCGACUACCCGAUUAUAGUUGGGGUAAUGACACGCACAUGGUAAUCUUAGCUAAAGAGUUAUCGGGAGCUCGAGAUCCAACUGAUAGUGACAAUCAUGUUCAAGAGAUUUCUGAUUUGGAAGAUAUGCUGUCAGUGAAACAGAUGGAAAUUGAAGUUCUAACGAUGGCCGACCGGCACCAUGUAAUGCCCAAACCAGUCAAUACUGAUCGCAUAGCCAAAUAUAUUUUAACGUUGGGAGCACUUUGCAAGGAUGCUCGCCAUUUCUAUGGACAUGACCUAGUUUCCACGCUGGAACAUCAUGAACACGAAGAAGGUCAAGAGUAUGAAUUUGCACUAACCGCACUGGCCGUAUGCAGUUCAGCAACGCAUGUUCGAAAACGACAGAUUCGUCGAUUGUUGGACAUCGCUAGCGGAGAAGUUAACGAUGUUGAUACCAUCGCCAUGGUUCUGUUGGCGUUACGAUGUAUCGUAACAGACCAUCGUCAUCGACAUUUGCAACAUUUCAUACGAAGACCAGCUCGUGGCCUCGCCAGCCUUCAGGGGCCUCAGGGCAGUUUUGGAUCAUUGCGAAGUACCGCGCUAGCAAUGCAGGCCUUGCUGGAUUUAGAACCAGAUCCAGCGGGAAAGUGGAACAGAACAGCAGCGUCAGAAUGGUUGCUAUCUAAGCAACGAACAGACGGCGGCUGGACUGAAGAACCAUUGCAGGAUGGUCAGGUACGAGAUAUAAUAUCAGUACAAAAUAACAUACCAUUUCAAACUAACGCUACACAGGAUGCCACCAUUGGAGUGGGACUCACAGCUGACAUAAUUCUUGCCCUUGGCUGGAAAGGUUUAGGGGCUGUUCGUGCCCUGCAGUGUGACCAUGUGAUUCGAGAUAAUGCAAAUGAUAACUACUACGAAAAUGGUGACCAGAAACUGGCUGCACCAGUUGGUUUAACGUCUUCAGUAGAAGAAGCAGAGCCGAAAAAUGUGUCAUAUACCUACACGUUAUGGGUUGACACCAACGUAACGCAAGAAUAUUCUCUAGACCUCACUUCCCCGAAAAAUACUACAUUUUUCCGGGCAAUGAACCAAGCGAAGGAAAUUGAUCCCAAGUUUGAUUUCGAUGCCCGGGAGUGGCCGAACGGACACUACGUGCACACGCUCGCCGGGAAGAAAGAAGAUCCAAAAAGCUACCACUACUGGCUGCUGUACCGAUUACCAGAGAAGCCGGAUACGAAAAACCCUCCCGGUAAUCAGCUAAUCGCACCUUUAGGCGUUGAUGAACUGCUCGUGGAGGAUGGCGAACAUUAUCUCUACUGGUAUAAAAAACUUUAAAACGCUUACCCAAAGCUCAGUACAGCGAUCUCGUCUUGCAAGGGAUGGUGUGCGGGAAAAUGUGUUUAUUAUGAAACAAAAAAGGAGCCCGAGAUGAACACGGAGGUGAGUAUACUUAUAACACGAGGAACUGCAAAGAUGGAGACAUUCUAUUCAGGAAUUGAGGGCAACGAGCGGAGAGCGGAAAAAUACGCUGAAUGAAAAAGGUGAAAGAAACAAUGGUAUUAGGGAACAUAAAGUCGAGAUAAGCACGAACGAUAAAAGAGUGAAUAAAAAGUGGAGAGAAAAUCAUCAUUAACAGAAAGUGUCUGGUAGAAAAUUAAUACGAAAACACCUGCUUCCUAUCUUUAUAUAAAGGGAACUUAACAAUAGGAAAUAACUUUAUACAUCCUUAUGUAUUGUGAGAGUAGCAAACUCUUUAGCUCCUUAACCUCGGCUGCAGCAACUAUAAUGCAUAUUAUUUAUGUAAUAUAGAUACAAGUUAUCAAUUUCAUUUCUAUGGCAUCUGGUGCCACAUUAUGAGAGUCGAUUGAAAAGACAUUUCCAUACAAGCAGUUCAAAUAAAAUUCGAUUCGUUAUUGACUCUUAUGAUGAUGCCACUGUUUUCAUUAAAAAAAAAAACAUUAACGGAACGCUUACCACUCUGAAACAAGAAUACGUUUUGAUUUUUCUCCAAUUCUUAAAAAAAAAACUUUACGAGUAAAAACAUUUCAUGGCAAAAAGUUGGAUUUUGAGUCCACAAAAAACGACCUUUACGUAUGGUUUGAAGUCCUACUUUUUUCAUGAUAAAAAAGAAAAAAAAAAUAUGUUUGCUUGUGAAUUUUUCAGGAACCUAUGAAAAAAAUUAAUCAUGAAUUUUUUGAUAUCUCUUCCCAAUAUUAAAAUAAAAAAUCAAAAUGCGCCAGAAAAAACAAAAAUCUUUUGAGCUGUGAGCCAUUAAGAUUAUCUAUAUGAUUACGUACAACAGCUAUGACUAAACAUUCAAAACAGAGCUUAACAAUUUCGUGUGAGCUGAAAUCAUUUGUUUGUUGUGUUUUAAGCAUGUGUUUCGCUAGAAAGUAGACCUUUGUAGAUGACAUUAAGAUAAUAUUGCUCAAAAUUUAGUUUUAAGAAUUAUAGCACUAAAUUAGUUAAUUCAUAAUGAUAGAUAACUACCCACAUCAACAAAUAACUGGAUAACUUUAAGACAUUUGUGAUGGAGGCAUUGGGAUCAAUUGAUUCACGUCUAUAUUUCUUGAUUUUUAGAAUUACAUGUUUCAUGGUUUAGCCCAUGAAUAUGUAUUUCUAUAUUAAUUGAACAAAACGUAGACUUGAGUCAUUAUUUUUACCAGCAAUUUAGUGAUGAGAUCGGUUGGAGUUGGUCAAAUGAAUAACUACACCGUGAAAAACAUAAUCGAUCGCACAGCAAAUUCUCAAUAUUUUUCAGUUUACGUAUCAGGGACGCUCACAUGGAACGAUCUACCACUUGCGGCCAAACAACAACCAACUUUAAUGCUAUUCAAGCGAUGUCUGAACACGCCUGAUGGACAGUAAUGAACUUUAUUAACAUUUACACAUAUGUAGGUAUAGCAUUACUUUAGUUACAACUUGCAGCAUUUUUUAGUUUUCCCUAAAGUGAGUUCUUCUUUAACCUUCCAAGUGCAUUGGGAUUAGUUUUGGUCUGGAAACGCUGUGUAAUUUUUUCCUAAUGCAUUAGGAAGGUCAAUAAUGUAUUCUUCCUUGAGCUGGUAAAAAGUGUCAACUACAGGCUAACGUUACACU